CCGGACGGUCCCGGGGCUCGGCCCACAACUCCCAGCCUGCGGCGCACCGCUCCGGCCCGGUGCCAUCAGUUGCGGCUGCCGGCGGCUGCCAGCGCCUGCCGUGGGCGGUGCGGGGCCCCGGAAGCGCUCGGCUUUCCCUAGCAACGCCCGGCGCCAUGCCGCUGUGGCUGCGGGAGCACAGCUGGCGGCAGAGCGGCUCCGCCGUGUACCUCUCGCUGCCCGUGCGCGGCCUGCGGGUCACCGCCGCCAACAUCUUCUGCACCGAGCGGUACCUGAAGGUAAGCGUCCCUCCCUUUUUAUUUGAAGCUGUUUUAUAUGCCCCUAUUGAUGACACAAACAGCACAGCAAAGAUCGGCAAUGGAAUCGUUUUCUUCACUUUGUAUAAAAAAGAAGUGGCCAUGUGGGAGUCCCUGACUGUAGCAAAUGUUAACAAGGAGGAACUGCAACAUCUAAGAGAGAAUGCUGUUCUUAGAGCACACGAAAAGGCAAAAGAGGAGACAGAAGCAAAAAAAGUUACAAAACAGGAGCACAAGAAGUAUGCUUUGGAGGCUACAAUGAAGCUAGAAGAAGCAGAAAGAAAAAGAAUUGAAGGUCUGAAAGAACAGGAGAGACAGAAAGUUGCUAAGGAGUUGGAGCUAUGGAGAUGUCAGCAAAACAAUGUUGAGAAACAAAAGAGGGUACAAAAUGAAGGGGAACUACAUGAAGAAGGAGAGCAACUAAAGGAGAAGAAAAGGGAAAAAAUAAACAAAACCAGAAUUCCUAAUGAAGAAAUUUCUAAGACCAAACUCAAAGAUACAAAAGGUCGUGGUUCCUAUAGUAUCUUUUCAGAGAAUUUAAGAGAAGAGCAGUUGCCAGCUCCUCGAUCUGCUGGUACUAUUAAAAUCAACUUCACAUCACGAGUUUUUCCUACAGCUCUUCGAGAGUCUCGUGUAGCAGAAGAGGAAGAGUGGCUACAAAAACAGGCAGAAGCUCGAAGGAUAAUAAAUGCUGAUUUGUCUGAGCUGGAAGAUUUAAAAGAAGAGGAGAAAAAUCCAGACUGGUUAAAGGACAAGGGAAACAAAAUGUUUGCAACAGGAAACUAUCUUGCAGCUGUAAAUGCAUAUAACCUUGCAGUCCGACUAAACAAUAAGCUUCCACUGCUGUAUUUGAAUCGUGCUGCUUGCCAUCUUAAGCUGAGAAAUUUACACAAAGCCAUUGAAGAUUCCUCUAAGGCACUAGAAUUGCUAACACCACCUGUUCCUGAUAAUGAGAAUGCUCGAGUGAAAGCAUAUGUGAGACGUGGCACAGCCUUUUGUCAGCUGGAGCUGUAUGCUGAAGGAAGGACAAUUUACUGGUUAAUUGCAAUUCCACUUGAUUUUUUUAAAUCUUAAGUUGUCAGAGAAUUGAUUAUACUUCUAAUUCAGGGGGUACACAUUAGUUUCAUUGAGGAAAAGGCUUCAGUGAGUUGUGUAUCAUCCUCCCUUUGGUCUGUUGGGUAGUCAGUCUUUCUGUGCAUUGCAGCCAAAUCUUGACUGUAGCAAGCUGCUGGCCAUGGAGGGUAUUAUGUGGAGUGAAAUGAGAGGUCAGAGGUGAGACUUUCAAAUUAGGAACCAUUCAAAAGUGGCAGGCAAACUGAUGUGAAACUAGGUUGCAGUACUUCAGCUGUUCAUGAGACAACACUAUACUGAUUUUUAGAUUAUAGCAUUAGCAACUAUAGAACACCUUAAUUAAAAUAACCUGAAAUAUUUCUAAAUUACUUGUUUGUGACCUUUGUAGUAACAUGUCUUUUUAAACCUGUAUAUGAAAUCCAUAUUGACCAAAAAGAUGUUUGUCAAGUAUGUGUCACCUUUAUACAGAUAUGAGUUAUGUGUCCCUUGGCUUUGUAAGGCAAAGUUAAAAGGGAAAGAUGAUAAUAGCAAGUGAAGAAUGUUCAAAAUGUUUAUGCAGAGGUUUUCCAGCUGUUAUCUUAUCUAUGAAUCCCUUUAUCACUUCCUUGCAAUUUCACUUGUACAGGAAAGCCUAAUAAGGACUACUUCCUCCCUUUUCUCCCUUUCCUUCCAUCUUCAAGCUAUCUUAUUCAUAGCAUGUGGUUUUUUUUCUUGUUUUCAUGUGUUUUCAUUCCAUUAGUCAAUUUUUCUAUCUGUUGCAGAACACUCUUGAACACUCCCCACAUCUGUAAUUCCUUUACCCAGUGUUCCUCUGUUAUAAUUUUGUCUGAUGUAGAAACCAUUUGAUUAGGCUGUUGUGAUCAUUUGUUUAUUUGUUAACUGAAUGGCAAACUUAGAACAACUGUAAGAUAGUCUGCAGGUGGAAGCCCUACCCUGUGAAAAGUCUCUAGGCUGAAGAAAGCCUAAGUUAGACCAAAGUUAGUUGACCUCUGUGUGUGAGCAGAGACACAUACAUAUGAUGAAGCGGGUCUCUUUUGGUGUUUCAGGACCUGAAAUGUUUGUGUAGCAGUGAUGUUUCCAUUAAAAUAUUUUUAAAAAUAAUAGGAACCAGGUAUACAUUUAGUAUACUGACAGCAGUUAAUCCUGUUGUUGUUCUGAUCUGUUUUGCUCAAUAGCAAAUUUCAAGAGCAGUACUUUAUGCAGUCAGCCAGGGAGCAUUUAUUUCCAGUUAGUUGCUAAAGAGGAAAAGACAUUUGCAUUAAUGAUUGACGCUCUUAUUAAUGUA